UGUCAAAAUAAAUUACACCUACAACUAACGUCAUCUAACUGUGAGCCGCAGGAACUAAGUUUACCACCUAAUAAUAGAAAACAGACGAACAUGAUGCCGUACGUAGGGAUGCAGGAUGAUGACAGAAAUACGCCGCUCGAAAUAGCGCGAAUUCGCGCCCAUUAGGGCGCUCGUCGAAAACGACGCGUUGUCCCUCCGUGGUUUCCGCUUUUGCGAUUCGUCGGUGCUGCGGUUUUCAUGGAAUGAAAAUUGUGAUCGUAAACCAUUGGUCUUACACCAGUUUCGAAAUGGAGCGGUGUGCGCAACGGGCGGCGACGCGAUGAAGAAAACAGUUACGAACGUGAUCGCUCUCGUGAGUCCGGUUGAGUCAUAGAGAUUUCCUCAAGGCGCGCUUAACAUACCGCAGAAAAUGGUUGCGGUUUUUCGAGAGGAGUGAGAGACGCACGUCGCGCCAAUAGCAAAACGGUCGUACACACGGAAAAGUACAUAUCGCGUAAAUGUUAUUAGCCUCAAGUAUUUCAUAAAUUUAUAUAUCCACAAGUCUAUCACAAGUUUAUCAUAAGCAAUUUCAAUCAGGAAAUUGAGACAGAAAUUCGGUUUGUUUGCUACACCGAGUCAAACCAUCUCUUUCUUCGAUAAAGUUUUAUAAUGUUCUUGUAAAGAGAAUAAAUUUUCCUUUCGAGUCCAUGAUAUGAGCUUUUUUAAAAUUAGACGAGUAUAUUUUAAGACUAUUAUCAAGAAAAUAUUCUAUACUGAAGAUAAGAAGCUAAAAAAGAAAUAAUUUUUCUGUGUACAGUAAGUUCAAUAUUUUAAUCAGAAAUAUCAAAUUGAAAUCCAAUUUAGGUUUACUGUACUCAUCGAGUCGAACUAACUUUUGUUUCGAUAAAGUUUCAUAAUAUUUUUAUAAAGGAGACAAAUUCUUUUCUUGAGUACAUGGUAAUAAGAUUUUCUCAAAUUCGAUGAGUAUAUUUUAAGAUCAUCAUCAAGAAAAUAUUCUCUGUUGAAGAUGGCCAUUAUUAAAAAAAAAUAAUCUGAAUAAUCGCUUCUAGCGGUAGAAUGAUAUCUUUUUGUGCAAUCAAUCCAUCUAACCUGAGGUGUUCUGGAAUGUGUUCUGGAAUGUGUUCUGGAAUGUGUUCCGAACUCUUUCGUGAACUCCUUCGUUCGAAUAACAAUGCCGAGUGGACAAUGCAAGAAAUUGUCGAGUCGACGCGACAAGACCGCGUCUUAUUCGCGAUUUUGGGUUGUUUAGAUAUUUUUUUUUCCUUUUCACUUACAUAAUCAGCCGCGUAUGCGUGUGUAACACCGCGGAAGUUGACGCGGCUCCCCGCGCACGCAAUAUUAAUCUAGUCGUCGGUCGUAAUCGAAAUUUCUAACGUGAACGGUAGGAACGCUUUGCAUCGCGCGCCCGCAACAAUUAGCGCGUCGUUACGUAAGAUCUCUCGCGUUUGAAGUUCCCUCUCCGGUUAUCAUUACGCCUUAAUUGCCGCGAGCUCAUUGCCGGUGGUCUGCCUCUUAUCGGGACACUUUCACGUGGCUAUAAUAUCGUAGAUCUAUCGUAGAUCGCAGCAAAAAGGAUAAAAACACCUACACACGUGCACAUGCUCUAUGAACAAGCGUCUAUCAUAACGCUGAUCUAACGACUAAGCGAUAAAAUGAGGUAAAAAUGUUCUUUAUCAACAAAAAUAAUAGGCCUCGCCUAAUGAAAAUCACGCAAAAAUCUGCUAUCACCGCGUCAUGGAGCGUCGUCAUCGCGAUUAAACGGCUCCAGCUGGAAGUCUAGUCGAGCGCAGCAUACACUCGUCGCCGAUCCUCCGUUCAGCGAUCUCUCUCUGUCUCCCCUUCUCUCUCUCUCUCUCUCUCCCCCCGUCUCGCUCUGUCUCUCGCGCACAUCGAGAAAGACCGCCGAUAGGGCGCGCUCGCGGCCUGCUCGGAUUAACUCCAGCUCGGCGUGCCAGAUAGCCGUGAGUCCGUCCGCGGUGCGGGCCGAUCGCGCUACGUCGUCGUCCGCAGCGUGUGCUCGUUCCUCGCGACCGCGCGAGGAAGCGCGCGUUCCUCGGGAACACGCAGCAACGGAGAGUGACGAAGAGGAGGAAGACGUUCGCGCCUCUUGGCCGGUAUCUUUCUUCCUCGUUUCUUCCCGAGAUCUAUCUCUUCUUCUCUGGGGACGAGCGCGGGUGGAGCACGCGGGCGAAAGAAAGGGAGAGAGAGAGAGAGAGAGAGAGAGAGAGAGAGAGAGAGAGAGAGAGAGAGAGGAGCGGUCCCGCGAGUUCUCCCGGACGAUCGUGAGAGAGCGAUCGUGAGAGCCGGAUCGUGCCGUGACUCAGAGAACGCGCCUCUUACUUUUCUCCGCACGGCCGUCCAGCGACUGUCGGAGUAGUCCUCGAGGACUCGCCGCGAGGACGGCGCGCUCCGUGAAACCGCGACACGUCGUCGUACCUCGUGGAUGAGAUCCGAGUCUGAGUUCCGUGGUUUCUCAAGUGUCGAACUGUGUCCCGGUGAGAAGCAGUUUACCCCCGCGCUCUGAGUGGUACGACGCGACUCGUCAUUGUGUUGUCGGAGCGUAUGGAGCCCGCGCGAUUUCUCGAAAUACGGUGGAAUUCCGCGGCUCGCAGUUGACUCGGAAACAAGUGCGAAGGCAUCAACAACAAUAACAUAACACUGGAGUAGACACAGCGAAGAAGCUGCGAGAGCGAGACCGUCGAGCGCGUUAACGUCGUGGACCUUGUGUAUAUGUGUGUGUAUAUGUGUGUGUACGUGUGCGUACGUGAUCUCCGUGAUCCAUGCUAGAUUACGGUACGCCGUGCUUUUUCUCCCUUGAAUUAUAAUCAUGCUUCCAUAAAUCGUCGUGAGAGUCCCUUCGACCGACUCCUCUCGGCGCGAUCGUAAAUCUCGAGCGGCUUUACUAACAAUUCCAACGGGCCCGUCCUAUCCACCAACGGCGAUUCCGCGAUCGUCGCGGAUUCUUCGGCCAGUUAGUUAUCCACCUGCGAUCGCAUCCUCUCCACGUCUCGAGUUCUCGCGAUCGACCCGGCUUUCUUCCGGCUCACCGCGGUUUCUCCGGAAGGCACGGGCAAACAGAACGAGAGAGAUUCGCUCAAAGUGCGCGCAAGAGUAUACAUAUCAAAUCAAACACACACAAAAGACACAAAAUGUACACAUGAGAUACGGGAGAAUUCCCAAGAGUUCUUGAAAGUUCACGAAGAGGAAGCGACUCGCGCCGACUACUGAGCGAUGCGCAUGAAGAGGCGUAAUGUACGGAUAAAACGCGUAUAAAACAGAAGAGAAAAGACUCCUUCGCGGAAGAGGCGACUCCAUCGCCACCGCCGUCGUCGUCACGAAGAGGAGGAUACGACGGAGGAGUCGCGUUCCACGGUUCAACGCCUCGCGUCAUCCUCGCGUCGUAUCGGCGCGCGGGGAUAACGCAGCCAGCUGAUAUUCGUCUCGUGGUACGUCGUAACGACGCACGUGCUGUCUUUCUCGUGCUGCCUUCGCUCUCGACGCCGCGCUGCUCGAUAGUUCGUCUAUAUUUAGCGCGUGCACGUCGUGCCGUCCAGGCAGAGAAGGAGACGGACGGGGGUAUCCCGAGGAGACCCAGUCGACUCGGCGAUCUCUCGAAAGGGCCGUCGCGGAAAACUGAUCCGAUCAAAAGAGAGAGAAAGAGAAACGAAGAAGAAGAAGAGAGAGAAAGAGCAAGACUGAAAAGAGAGACGCGAGGGACGUAAUCAUUGUUAUUACCCUGAGCCUGAAGAUCCUAUGCACCCGAUUCAGGCUCUCACUCUCGGGUUAAUCCGCGGCUCCUCCGAGGGCCGAAGGCGUGUCCCUCCUCCGCAUGACGUUGCGGGACCCCGACGACGCACACACACCUUUGACACGGAGCAGUUUGCUCGACACUCGUGGAACAUCCGAUACACGACAAGACGACGCACGUCCGCGCGGAGUGAAUCGCACCGUCGUGGUGCACCACGUGGCAUACGUGGUGUACGCGCUGAAAUAGCCGAGUAGAGUGUGAUAGCCGGUGGCGAUACUACGAGCCGUUGCCUCGCAUCGAGAUAACGCGCGUGUCGAGGUAGCUGAUAAGGGACGCAUCGAAAAUUCGUUCGUCGACAUGCGCGCGCGCGCGGAAAGAGCCGCAUCACAGUUAUGAUUCUUCGCGGUAGUCGAGUCGCGGACUUCGCACGGGCGUAACAUGAACGACGGCGCGAGCACGACGCCGAGGAGAACGUGAUCUCGCGGCGAAGGCGCGGCUUUCACAUCGGCCCGAAGAGCUCCGGGAAAUGUGAAGAGUCAUGCUGAACGCCGAGAACCCCGAAGAGUCGCCGAAGAGGCGCUCCACGUUCUACGUAUCGCUGGAUGGCGGCGCCGAGCCGGCGCGGCAGUCGAUCGCCAAACUGACGAAGGGCUAUUCGACGGACGGCAGUUGCGGCGAAAAGUUCGUCUGCAACACCUUCCCCAUCGGCAGCGCGUCCAAGACGUCCGCGAGUACGCCGAGCAGCGGCGGUGGCAGCGGCGCCUCAUUGACGCGCACCUUGAGCAACAAUGACGGCCUCUCGGCGAGCGCGCGAAGAAACGCGGGGGAGACGUUGCCGGAGGCGAGAGGCAAGGUGCAGUCCUUGACGAGGAUCUUCGAGGCGUCUAGGUGUGAUCGGGGAGCAACACCCGGGGGGGCCGGCAACACGCAGGCCGAACAAAGAAAGAAGGUGGAAAGGACGAGGUCCUUCAAGACCAUCGAGCGUUUUCAAAGCCGUUUCGCCGGUCGGAAGGAGUCCGGCAGAAAAGACAGUCGCCUCAACAACACCAUCGCCUGCUUCGAGGUGGAGGACCAGCACGCCGGCAGGAAGAAAUCGGAAAGUACAGAGGAGAAGUCGAGCAGAAUCGAGUCGGUCGGCUCCACGCGCGAUUACAGCAGGCUCAGUCAGCAAGAGUCCAGGAGCAAACAGAACACAACUCUGACGAACCUGCUGAUUCGCAGGACGCACAGCACCAAGUUGGCGAGAAGCAACAGCACGUUGGUGCGGAUCGGCAGACACGCGUCGGUGGACAGCCCCUGCACAGCUGAGAAAACGAACGUCGAUCGAUACAAAGACGAGGAUACCGUCGAGGAUGCCGCCGAUGACGAGUGCGUCGAGUCGUCCGUCUUCGAGGACGCUGACGUCGACGGCGGGAUACAUUCAGACACAUCGUAUGAGAAAGCUUGCCGAAGGGGUAGCGCGCCCGCCACCCCUGUGCUCGGCGCUCGACCUCUGGAUGUCACCCCGAAUCGGAUCGUCAACUUCUUCUCGAAGAGGUCGUUCCGCUCGAAUCCUCUGAAGAGGACAAAGAGCGUAACGAAGCUCGAGCGACAGAAGCAACGGGGCGCAGGGCUACGGGGUUGCCGAUCACACGAGUCCCUCCUGUGCGGCCAGGCGGUGACCUCAAUGGACCUCGCGGCGGUGACGCCGCUGCAUCCCAGCCUCCUCGGCAGGCCGCACUGCUUCCAGGUCACGCCGAGCACCGGCGGGCCCAAGUAUUUCAGCUGCAGAACCGCUCACGAACGGGACCAGUGGUUGCACAGCUUACGAAAAUCCGUUCAACCGGACGCUGAGCAGACGCGCCGCACCGACAACUCCCUGCAGAUCUGGUUGCUGGAGGCGAAGGGCGUGCCCGCGAAGAAGCGAUACUUUUGCGAGGUUUGCCUGGAUAGCACUUUAUACGCUCGAACGACUGCCAAGUUGAAGGCUGAUCUGUGCUUCUGGGGCGAGCACUUUGACUUCCAUCACUUGCCCUCCGUCAACACUAUCCAGGUUAAUUUGUACAGGGAGGCGGAUAGGAAGAAGAAGAGGGACAAGAAUGUUUUAAUCGGUUCCGUCAGUAUACCGGUACACAACGUGACGUCGCGUUACCUGACAGAGAAAUGGUAUCCCGUGGUAGGUGACAAGGGACCCCUCAAGGAACCUCCCGCACUUAGAGUGAAGUGUCGCUUCCAGUCGGUUGACAUACUGCCGGUUCAGGUGUAUCAGGAAUUUCUGGAGUAUCUGAAGACCGAUUACGCGUCGCUGUGCGAGAAACUAGAGCCUGUCAUUGGCGUAAAAGCAAAGGAGGACAUCGCGACCGCUUUGGUGGCGGUAAUGCAACGGGAGAAGAAGGCGCCGCAAUUCCUCGCCGACCUCGUCAUGAUGGACAUUCAUCGAAUAGAUGACGAGAGACUCACAUUUCGAGGAAACUCGUUGGCCACGAAGGCGAUGGAAGCCUACUUGAAAUUGACCGGGGACAGGUAUCUGCAAGAGACAUUGGGUGCCGUUGUGAGAGGCGCUGUGGAAGGUGGCGAUUGCGAAGUAGACCCGCUCAAGGUCGCUUCCGUCGCCGCGUUGCACAAGCAACAGCAGAACCUGCGUAAUGCCGUCGAGCUGGCGUGGAGCAGAAUAUUAUCGAGCCACGCUCACUUCCCGCUGGAAUUGCGCGAGUGUUUCCGUAUCUUUCGCGAGCGCUUAGCCGAUAUGGGCCGCGAGGACAUCGCGGAUAAUCUCAUCUCUGCGUCGAUCUUCUUAAGAUUCCUCUGUCCCGCCAUUCUCAGCCCGUCUCUCUUCAACAUCACGCACGAGUAUCCGAACGAGAAAGCGGCGAGAAAUCUCACCCUAGUGGCAAAGACGCUCCAAACGCUCGCGAACUUCACGAGAUUCCAGGGCAAGGAGAACUUCAUGGAAUUUAUGAACGACUUGCUCGAGCGCGAAGCACCGUCUAUGAAGGACUUCUUGCAACUAAUUAGCAGCCCACUGCCAAAGGACGCGCCGGCUAAUAACUCUCUCGAGUUUGACGGCUACAUAGAUCUAGGCAAGCAAUUGUCUCUACUGCACGCACUUCUACGUGAAAGCAUAACCGCGAUCGCUCCCAGCUCGCCGUCAAUGCCGCCGUCGCGAUUGCCUGAGAUCCUUGACAGAAUUUCUCUGGCGUUGGAUCAACCGGGCCCGAGCCCGGUGCCCGCCGCGCAUCGUUACCCGAAUCUGCAGAACAAUAUCUUCCGCUACAACGAUCCGACGAUCGCCAACAGCAACACGAAUCUCUCCAUCUCGGCCACGUCGACCCUGAGCAAUCACAGCACACUGAACGGCACGAUCAGGGACAGCAAUGAGGUAUUGCAAACGAACACAUUGGGCCACAAUAGCUCUCGCAGCCCGAACGUCGCUAGAGCGGCUACUUUACCGCGAAACGCUUACAUGCCGACGAACGGCAAGUUACAGCUGCAAAUCAGCUCAGACGAUUACCCAUUUGAGCCACCCGCAUUCGUAUCACGCUCCCCGACGCCGAUCACACGGCAACACAGGCCAGUCGGACCCAAUCGCUCCGGACCGGGUUACAGACUGACGGCCAGCGCGAGCUUGGCGAACGUGAAUCACUGCCAGGCGCAUCCGACGAGCCCGACGCGCUCUGAGAGUCACAGCAAUCUAAAAGACUCCAACUAUAACAUCACGUCGCCGCAGAGCAACCAGUCGAGCAACGGUAGUGUUGUUUCGCAGCAGCAACAGCAACAACAACAUCGACACAACAUGGCACGCUUACAGAGUCUCGACAUCCACGAUCGGGAAGACAAUUACAACCACAAUAACUACAACGUCUCGAGGUCAGCCAGCCGGAACCAUUGCCACAAAGAGGAGAACGCCAAUCAGACACAGCAGCGCAACUAUAACAACGUCUCGAAGACCACGGUGAACGCUAACGUGGUCGUCAAUCCGCCCACGAAUCUCACCUUGUCGAUCAAUCAUCAGCCCAACAACAACUACAACACCUCCAAGGCGAACAACGCACCCGCCAACGGCAACCUCGACGAGCUCUCCGAUCUGCUGAGAUAUGCAGAUGACGAAGUUUCGGAGUCCAAAUCGCAGAAAGGCUCACAAAUAUCGAUCUCGCAGCUGAGCAACGUGGCGUCGUCCGGCUAUCAGAGUUUCGCCGCUUACAGUCAGAGUUCUAGCCCGGUAGAUCUCAGCAGCAAUAACGCGAACCCGCAUAUCCUUAGCGCGGCGCCGCUGGCGUUCGCUAAUCCCGUCUAUCACAUGGAAUCGAAUCACGCGAGGACGGGCAGAAGGGGCAGCAGCAGCUCCGAGGAGAGAGAAGGCAGCGGCGGUGGUGUCGAGAGCGUGAGAGGCGUCGAUCUGAGUCCGUCGCCGCCACCCAAGAACAACGUGCGAAACCUUCAGAGGAACAGUCAGAACCAGUGGCGGCAGGCCAAUCAGACGCACAGAAACAAUUCGGAGCACACGCAGGACGUCUGCUGCACGAAGCUGAGAAGGAGGCUCUCCUUGGACUCCACGAGGGAUCUGUCCGACACCAGCGAAGAGGAAAACUGUACGACCAGGAGGAGCAAAUCUCGUAGUCACCGAAGUAUCGAUCAGUACGAAGUGGAAAUGUACGAAGUGGAGAGGCUGCAGAAUAGCGUAGAUCGACUGCGAUUACGCGCGCGAUUAGGCGCCACGGAGGAUGCCGAUAUAGACCUCGCGCCGGACACCAACAUGAAGAGUAUCAUUUCCAGGUUAAUCUCCGUGGAGGAGGAACUACGUCGUGAGCAGCAGAAGAUGUCGGCGGCGUUAUCGUACAAGCAGCGCGUGAUCGACGCGCAGGAACAGCAAAUAGCCGCCCUAGGCGCCGCGAAUUCGCGUCUGAUGUCGACGAACGCAAGCCUGCUGUCAGCGCUAAGUAAGCAACGCUACAACGCUAAGUCGCAGGUGGCCGGUGAGGCCGCGUCGUUGCUGCAGAACAUCGCUGACAUCGGCGAACUGAAGAGCUCGUCGUGUUAAGCAUGCCGUCGCCACGACCAGGAGUCGAGAACGUCGAGGGCAGAAGAAAAGAUCGACGAACAAACCGCGCGCGCGUGCGAGCGAGCUUGUGCGCUUUUCGAAGAGCCUUCGCGUCGCAACCGCGAUCGUAGAUGUCUCAUCAUCGACGACGAAAUCUUUCCCGAGUGAUCGUAGGGUCUCGUCAUCUCGUAUUAUCUCGCAAAUACAGUUCACACGUCGCAGAAUGUAAGAAUGUCGACGAGGGGCGAUUCCGAAGGAAACCCAUUGUGGUUCAGCUCCCGCCGAGAUCGAUACCUGGGUCCGCGCUGACCCAGGCAUUGUGGUCUGCGCGGUUGCCGGAACCGUCAGUAUUUCGAGAAUUAACAGAUCGAGAGCGACGAUGAUGCGGGGAGUUUCGGCGUUCGGCGGAUGAAAGGCUCGUUCGGAGAAACGUGAGAGGUCUAUGGGUCUUCCCUGGUUGCGAUUCGCCAUGUGGAUUCCCCACGAGUCGCGUUUAAUUUUAGCAGUUACUGCUCGUCGGUUGGUAGAAUCACUCUGCGCUCGAUCGCCUGAAAUGAGUGCGGCGAACGAACGGAGAAACGACGAUGUCUGAGCAGGUAUUAUGGAAACCAUUCGGAAGAGUUUACGAUCAGAAUAAUUCCGUUUUUCCUGGACAACGUAAUAGAAAUUUAAGGAAUAGAGCGAAAUUAUUUUCUGAAUUGUUUGAUGAUAUCUGCCCAAGGUAGAAAUAUAUUAUGAAACUAUCCGGGAAGGUUUACGAUCGGAGUAAUUUCGUUUUCCCUAGACAGCACAGAAAUCUUUGGAAAUAGCGGUAUUAUUCCGCUCGAGAACGGGGUUUUCGAACUGCUUUGUAAUACAUUACAAGAUCCGAGGAAACAGAGUGAUUCUCGUGCCGAGAAAGAGAACGCGAGAAACUGGGAGUGCGACAGAAUAAGGCGAAAGAGAGAGCGAGAAAGGGAGAGAGAUAGAACGACGUACGAAAGAGAACAGGAAAAAAAACAGAGGCUACUUUAGUGAAUAGGCAGAGGCGGAUGGAGUAAAUAAGCAGUUUUCGUCGAUUUUAAUGUGACAUAGCGUUUAGGGUAGGUUUAUUUGUGCGCGACUGAGAAAAUCCGUGACUCGUCCGAGGGCCCGUUUGAGAAAAUCGCCGCCGCGAUACCGCGUGAACGACGAACGAUCGACUCGCAUCAACGACGGUCAACAAGUUUAAGAGGCAUCGUGUAACGGUUCGCGAGAAUGUCUCGACGGCGACUUUGCUUCGUUCGACAUGAACGAAUCGAAAGUAGCGAUAAGACGAAAAAUAAACGAACGCGCGUCAAAAUUAGGAAAGAUACGCGGCACAAAAUAGGCUUACUUUGGUCGUGCUCAACCUGAUUAACCCUUUUACUACGAAUUUUGCUCUAUCUAAAGCUAACAAUCUCUCUGUACUCAUGUAAUGAUUUUGGCUUAGAAGUCAAUGUAUACUCUGUGAUUCGAGUUUGGCUUAGUGAAUAAUGAAGAACAAUUUUUUUAAUUUUAUUUUUCUCAUUUUCUUGUCUCCCACGGGGGAUUUGCUCCACAGGAGUUAUGUUAUCCGAAUAUACUCGGAGUUAAAGGGUUAACGAGCACGAAUUGGCGAAAGUGUCAUCUCUGGCAAAAAAUCUUGAGCAAAAGUCACCCUUGGAUGAAAAUUAUUCUUGAUAAGGGUAUUGUGAAAUAAAACUCAGGUUUACACAGUAUUUCAUUUUUAUUGAAAGUUGAAACUUUGCUAUUUGCAAGUUACAUCUGAUAUUGGGUGAUAACGCGAAUAAGAAUUACUUCGUUCUGUUAAACAAUAAUUACUUCUUAUCGUAUAAUUUCUUCUCGAUAACUUCAUCGAUUCAGGAUAUUUAGCUGCUACUAUAGCCUUAUCAUUGAACAUUAAGUAUUUUAUACAUAUUUCUCUUCGGUACAUCUUUUCCUUUUAACAUUGUCUGUACAAAUAUUUUUAUUUUGUACGGAUGUAACGCAGAUGAUAUGAACGAAAAUCCUUUCGUAUUGAGCGAACGUUGUGUCAAUAUUUUUAAGAGGAUUAAUCGCAGCAAUUAGUAUCUAUGGAAUAUCGUUUUUUUCUUGCUCCAGAGUUCAUAUAAAGAAUUUAUAAAUUGUGUAUUAUAUUAUAUAUAUAUAUAUAUAUAUAUAUAUAUAUAUAUAUAUAUAUAUAUAUAUUAUUCAAAAUUACGUCCUCUGGGAAACGCGGUUGGAAAAUCGAAAGUCGACUUCUCGUGCUGGUUACGCGACGAAGAUCGACAGUCUGGAAAGGAAAGGGAAAAAGAAAUCUUGUCAAAAAAAAUCGACCAGCGACGAAAUAAUCGAGGACAGCCACGAGAGAUUAAUGAAUCGUGCGUAUUCGUUCUUCUCAUGCAUUCGUAUUCCGGCCGCGCACGCGCCUAACGUAGUCGUAAAAUUUCCAUCUUAAUUUAUGUCGUGCGAAGGUUACAAUGUUAUUUUGGAGAAUCUCGGAGAUCGAACGGGCCGCGUUUAUCCGGCGGAUAAAGCGCGGUCGGAAUGCGGAAAUCGAAACCAGUGUAAUUCCGACGACUUCAAAUUCGAGGAAAGGGAAUACUCUCGCGUUCCUCAUUUCCCCUUUGUUCGCAAACGAGCGCGAGGGAUCGUCGUCGUUCGUACCGAGCGCGGUGUCUGGAGAUCCGACGAAAUUAUAUCGGUGUCGAUCACACUGGUCUCUAAUAUCUACGCACAGCCAGACAUGCACUGUAACGGUGAAGCGCGAGAACGGUCGUCCUAGCGUCGUGAGAACAUUCUCGUGCACUGAUUUGACCACACUUCGCAGAAUCUUGCACAAACUCCUCUACUUCUCCAGUUUGUCCCGCUUAGCGUGGCUUACUGCGUAUCGUAAUGCGAUUUCCGCUCGCGUAUUCGUCGUUUCGAAGGACCAUCUUUGACGUGUUAGACUUUUCUUCCUGCUUCUUCAUUCACCGAUAUGGAACCGUAGGCGAAUUGCAGGGUCUUUGCAAGAUAAUAGACGCGACUUAUCAUUUCUUCUUAGAUUAUCGAGCAUCGAGCGAGUCGCGGGACAGUCGUGCGUUCGCGAGAAGCUGUUGUAGAAGCUCUCUCUUCCGCGAACGAAACGCGAGACAUCGUCGAGUCGAGAGAUGCGCACCAAUUCUGAGGACUGAACUCCCAGAGCCGACGUUUCUCGCACGUCUUCUCCCUUCCUGCUUUUCCUACUUCUUUUCUCUCUCACGGGGCGCGAGCGAACCGUCGCAACUACCAUUUCGGUUCGACACGACAACCUUUACUCUAUAAGCGACGAUAUUUAUUUAGUAGUGUCUACCAAAGAUGAUGAAUUUCGAAUUGUAAAGAGAGGAAGAGAGUGAAAGAGAGAGAAUGCGAGUGAAAGAGAUAAAGAGCGAGAGAGUAUCGAGAGAUUCUCUUUUUAUGUAAGAUAUUUCUUUUUUUUAUUUUUGCGUCGACCGUUUCCGAUGAGGGCGAAAGAAGAUAAACGCGCGAUCGCGAUCGAGCGAGAAGAGAGACGCGCGAAAAAACGCGACGAGUUUGAAGAGGAGGAAUACAUCUGUGUCCUGCUCCGUUGAUCAUCUCAUUCCGCUGUUCUACCGCUCGCAGCGAGGAGAAUCGCACACCGAGAUUCCCGAGUCGCGCGUCAAUCGCCUUUGAAAUAAUUCUAUACGCGCGCAAAUGAGCGAGCGUGUAACGCAUGACAGUUUAGAUGCCUCCGCGAGAGGCUUCGUUCGCGAGUUCUAGUGUGUUUAUGUUUUAUUACAUCACGAUAACAAUUAUUAUUGUAGCCAUUGUCGUACAAUGCAUGCGUGAAAGACUGAGUGAAAUAGCGGAUGUGAAUCAGGAGCGAAAGAGAGAGAAAGAGGGAGACAAGAGGAGUGAAAGAAUAAGAGAAAGAGAACGGAAAGAAUGCAACUUAAAGAACGAGAACGAAAGAAAGAGGGUACGCUGUAUGUAUGUAUGUGUGUGAGUAAGUGAGUGAGUGAGUGAGUGAGUGAGUGAGUAAGUGAGUGAGUGAGUGAGUGAGUGAGUGAGCGAGCGAGUGAGUGAGUGAGUGAGCGAGCGAGUGAGUGAGUGAGUGAGUGAGUGAGUGAGUGAGUGAGAAAGAGAGAGAGAAAGUGAGUUGAAAGAAGUGAGGAAAGAUCAUAAUCACAGUCUAAUCUCGUUAAAGAAAAGUAUUAUCUUGUCGACUUUGUACCAUAGUGUUAUUCUCGAUGCGUGUUCAAGCGUUUGAGUUUCUUGCCUCACGCCGAUUAUUUUUGUAUAGAGAUUGACCUUUCUUCCCCCUCGCCCCCGCCGCCCCUCUCCCCCCCCUCGUCUCCCUAUUAUUUGUUUAUGUACUUUAACUUUACCCUGCCACCCGUCAUCACCGCUCUGCGUUCGCGGGGGAAACUCGCCGGCUUUGUGAAAGGCACUUUUCUCCAACUCGUCGAGUGUAUUUACGUCACGAAAUUAAUAUAUAUUAACGCUCCCUUCUUCUCUUGUUGGACGAUGUAAUCGAAUAUCUAUUUAAAAGAGACCCACACUUAAAUAGCGUGUACAUUUAUUAAGUUCUUUGAUAUAUUCGUUUCUCUGCAAUAGAUCACCUGUAUUUAAACGUAUAGCGACUAUUACACUACAUGAACAAAUAAAUACGAUUAGACAUAUUA